GGGCCUCUCCCUGGCAGUUCCGGCGUCCGGCUGGGGUCCCGGGCCUCCGGCUGCGUUCCCUUGGCGCCUCGGCGGGCGCAGGCGGGCGCGGGCGGCGGCGGGCCUCUUUCUGCUUCCCCGAGGCCGGAGGCCCCGAGAUCUUCGCGCCCCACCGACGGAAGCCGGCGUGGCCUUCGCGGGUGCCCCGGCGCCAUGAAGGUGAAGAUCAAGUGCUGGAACGGCGUGGCCACCUGGCUGUGGGUGGCCAACGACGAGAACUGCGGCAUCUGCAGGAUGGCCUUCAACGGCUGCUGCCCGGACUGUAAGGUCCCGGGAGACGACUGCCCGCUGGUGUGGGGCCAGUGCUCGCACUGCUUCCACAUGCACUGCAUCCUCAAGUGGCUCAACGCGCAGCAGGUGCAGCAGCACUGCCCCAUGUGCCGCCAGGAGUGGAAGUUCAAGGAGUGAGCCCGCCCGCCCGCGCUGACGCCCGCCCGGCGGCCAAGCUUCUAUUCAAUAAAGUAAAACUCCCAGAAGUCCCUGA